UUGCGACAUAAAGUUCAAAACAAACAGGUUUAUUUUGGCUUUCGGCAGAAAACAUUGGAAAACUUUUUGUAAUAAUCGCAAAAUUCGAAAUUUUCUAUGGCGUACUGGAAGAAAAUAAGUUUGUGCAAUUAGUGAACCUUAUUCAGCAUGUCCUCGCUGAACCCGGAGUGGAACGUAACGUGUCGGGUGUGCCUCCAGGAGGGCGAAAUCCGCUCCCUUUUCGACAUCUGCCCGGAAUCGAAUCUGAGCUACGGGGCCAAAGUUAUGCAGUGCUCCAGUGUGGACAUCCGGCCGGACGAUUCCCUCCCGGACCGGAUCUGCGUGCAGUGCAUCGAGGAUCUUCGGGUGGCCUACAGGUUCCGGGUGAAUUGCGAGAGUUCGGACGCAAUUUUGCAAUCGUAUCGGGAAGUGGCCAAGGGGGGAUCUGUGGGACAAGGAGGAACUGAGGUUGACUUCGAUACGCGUUCGACGACGUCGGAAAUCCAGAUUCCGAUCAGUUCGGACGUGCUGUACAGUUAUAAACCUCCCUCGGGGUUGAACGUGAAGCUGGUCUCGAAGGAGAAAACGGUCCUGCUGGAGAACAACGGGGAGAUCAUAAUCUGUGCUCCAACGGGAGAUGAGGAUGAGUUGCUGGAAGAUGAAUCGACUGAGAAGGGGAGUCCUCGGCCAUUGGUGGCACCGGAACCGGAAUCAUUUGACGACGUGGACGACGAUUCGUUGAUAACGUUUGACGAUGCUUUGCCGCCUUCGCAAACGUCCCAAGCGGGAGACGUGAAGGAAGAAGACCUCGAAUCUGAUGACGAGGGACAGGAAGUGCGGUCAAAGCUAAUGGAUGACGAUCUGGUAGAGACGGCGGAAGAGGAUAGUCACACUGUCGAUGAUCGAGAAGGAAGCAUGAAACAACCGGACGAUAGCAGUGCUGAUAUCUUCUUCGAUGCGGAACUGGUCUACAUGGGCGGCAAGGAGGACGACAUCCUGAACCAGUUGGCCAGCAUUAAAAGAGAAAGCGACGUGGACGAUUGGGAAGUCAUUUACGACGAUGAAGAGAAUAGUGAGGAAUACUUUCAGAAGAUAUCCCAGCCUAAAGCGUCGAAUCUUGACUUGAAGGAACUCGGUCAAUUUACGGUGGCAGAUACGAAACAAUCAACUCCAAUUUCACCGAACAGCUCCGGACUGAUGAAGACGAUACAGACCAUUCGGAAGGCCAAUGUCCCCAACGAGGAGAAGCCGACGAUUGAAAACAUAGUGACCAAGCCCGGUCCGGACGGAUCCCUCGAGACAGUGAUCCGGGUGAAAAGAAACCUCAAACCCACCAAGCAGCAGCACGUUUGCAAGUUCUGCAACAGUUCCUACAAGUACAAGCACGCCCUGGAAACGCACCUGCGGAGGCAUCGGGGCGACAAGCCCUACAAAUGCUCCGAAUGCGACAAGGCGUUUGUGGUGCCGUUCGAGCUGAGGCGGCACAUGCGGACGCACACUGGGGCCAAACCGUACAAGUGUAAGUUCUGCGAGCGGAAGUUCUCCGACUUUGGCAGCAAGAUCAAACACGAGCGGACGCACACGGGCGAGAGGCCUUACGUUUGUGAUAUUUGCGACAAAAGUUUUACCUACUCGCACGUUUUAAACAGUCACAUGCUGGUUCACACCGGGGUCAAGAAGUAUUCUUGUCCCGAGUGUGGCAAACGCUUCGCCAAGUCACAUCACCUGAAAUCGCACCGAAACAUUCACGUCCGGACCGGUGCGAGCAGCAAUAAUCUCAGCAAAACCCUUCUCACCAAUGGACUUCCAAUGAUCUCACUGGACGACGUUCCGCUCGACGCGGAUAGCCCCAUCGGAACCGUCGUGGACGAUGACGCACUCGAUCUGGACCAGGCCGGAGUCGUCGUUCCCAGUCACGUCGAUCAGCUUCUGAUAGCGGAAGGCAUGGUCGACAGCCGGAGCAACGACUUCCAGCUGGAGGAUCCCGGGAUCGGGGGAGUAUCGAAUCCGUUCGGACAGCUCGUGAACAUAAGCGACUACAUGACGAUCUCGGCCAAGUCCGAUCCACCGGAUCCGACGUCCACGGCUUCGAUCGGGGCCAUUAUGAUGGGCGACGAUGACGAUGACGACGACGUGGGUUGCGGGGUGAUUCACGGUGACGUCGUCGGACGGGGGCAGGUCGGGGAUGACGACCCACUGCUGAAUGUGGUGACGGUGUUGACGGCCGGACAGAUGCCCGGACUGGUCGGGGGCGACUACGGCAACAUCCAGAUCAUCAACGGAUUGACCGACAAUAAUCUGGGAACCAUACAGAUUCCUGGAAAGCAUAUAACUACAUCUUGUUUUAAAACUCCUGUUACAACUACGUAUUGGACUAGGCAUUAAGAAGUUUGUAGUCAUAACUUUUAGGUAAGUAUUUCUAUUAUUUUUUAUAUUUUCUACGUUUAUUUAGAGUAAGGUGCAGUAGACUUAGUACUUUUAUUUUAAGAUAUGUUUAGCUUUGUGCUAAUCAUCAAUGUAGUUUGAUAAGGAACUGACUUGUGUAUUUUUAUGACAAUAAAGUGAACUAUAUUUUUUCACUA